CCGACGUCAUACACUUUCACAGCACACGAUUCAUCGAUUCAUCAACACAAUUCCAACCGGAAGAGGAGAAACGUGUUUGACAAGAUGAUGCAAGUCUUGUCUAACCAAGAGCUUGCUUUAGCUCACAAUACUACCAUGUACUAUAUCCAAAGUAUUCAAUGUUGAAUUCCCAUUUCUAACAUGACCUACUUCUUACAUACUUCCUAUAGUUCCUAUAUUUCCUAUACUUCCUUCAUAGCUCUACAGCCUACCUAUUUUGGCCUUUAUGUAACUGUCGCUCUUCGACAACUUUAAUAGAGUACUACUUACUUCCUUUAUUACAGAAGCUAUUCUAUGUGCUAUAUCUUAUAGAGCCUCUUUAUACCACUAUAAUAACCUCGUAGCUAUGGCUUCUGAGCAAAACCACCACUAUCCCGGUGGCGGCCAUUAUUCCGGCUUGAACAGGAUCCCUAACAUCAAGGAAUUCGUCGCCGGUCUUGAUAAGGACAAGAAGGAUCGAGAUGCUAAGAUCGAUGCUCAAUCUAAAACGAAUAGGAACAGUGAUGGCACCCAGCCGCAUACGAAUGAGGCCAACAAUGAGUAUAAAGGCAACGGAAGAGUCGUGACAGACCCCGUUACGGGAAAUCAGGUCACUAUCGACGACGUCAAUAACGAUUUUAUGAAGACGGUAAAUGAAGGUUGUAUUUCUGUGCCAAAUGCGAAUCUGGGCAAGGAAACGACUGUGAAAACAGAGGCAACCCAGUCGGGAGAGGAAUAUAAAAAUGCCCAGGAUAUAACGGCACCGCCAGAUCCAGUGGCUAACGGGUCUACCUCAGAUGUGCCAAUUCAUGGCGAGAGGACGAACAUUCUCUUUCACCCGACCCCGUCCGUUAGCUAUGAGCCCAUGUACGCUAUCAUCGAACAGAGGGCAAUGAUCCUAUGCGCCGGUCUUUUCUUAUCCAUCAUAUUCAUAGGCAAAUUCUUCGGAGGCAGGCUAUUAGGCUUAAUUCCCCUCGCUAUCUGUGUUGCUUCCGGUGUUUUCUUGUGGAUGAAGGAUUUGGUAAGGCGAGGCCGGGAUAUCGAAUGGUCGAGCGAACAAAAACGGGGCGAGACCGCGGUCGCUAACCUGAUCCCCGAAUCCGUCGAAUGGAUGAACACACUUCUCGGUGUCGUCUGGGGCCUCAUAAACCCGGACAUGUUUGCCGCAGUAGCUGACACUCUCGAGGAUGUCAUGCAAGCUUCGGUUCCUGGUAUCAUUGAGAACGUGAAAGUGGCCGAUAUUAACCAAGGAAAUAAUCCCAUCCGAAUCCUGAGUCUUCGGGCUCUUCCCGAUAGCCACAUGAAGGAUGUGAAAGAUGAGAUGCAUAAGGAGAAUGAAAAGAUCAAGGAUCCUCAGGAACUGGCUGCCGACGAAGAGGGUGGUGAUUACUAUAAUCUAGAAGUAUCGUUUGCGUACCAUGCGAAGCCUUCAACUGAGUCCAUGUCAGAAAAGGCUCAGAAUAUGGGCAUGCAGUUGGUCUUUUACCUUGGUGUUAAAGGAUUGUUUGGCAUCCCAUUACCUAUUUGGGUCGAAUUGGUUGGGUUGGUUGGAACUGUACGACUCAGACUCCAAAUGACCCCCGAGCCGCCAUUCCUCAAGGCGGUCACUUUCACUCUCAUGGGCGUCCCUAAGGUCGAGGCUGGCUGCACUCCAAUGAUUGAGCGCGGGGUCAAUAUCCUGAAUCUACCAGUAAUUUCUAACUUUGUCAACUGGGCCAUCAAGGCCGCCGCCAGCAUGUACGUUGCGCCCAAGUCACUUACGCUCGACCUCGGCAAGAUGCUCUCAGGAGACGAUAUCCAAAAAGACACCAACGCUUUGGGAAUACUCUUCAUUCGUAUCCACAAAGCUGUGGGAUUAUCGAAGCAAGACUCACGAGGUUCCAAGGGCGGUGGCUCCGAUCCUUAUGUCACCGUCGGCUUCUCCAAGUUUGGAAAACCCAUGUACUGCACCCGUGUCAUUCAAGAUGACCUCAACCCCGUCUGGGAGGAGACCUGUGCUUUGGCGGUUACUGCUGACCUCAUCAAGGUGGAUGAGCAGUUGUCGAUGGAACUUUGGGAUAGUGAUCGUUCCAGUGCUGAUGAUGUAGUCGGCAAAGUCGAAAUGUCCCUACAGAAGCUCAUCCAGCAUCCCGGAAAAAUGUACCAGCAAGUCUCUAAACUUCGUGGUGUCAAGGCUGAGAGCAGCAUGCCUGGCGAGCUUCAUUGGGAAGUCGGCUACUUCGGGAAGACCCAAUUCCGCCCUGCUUUGCGUACGGAUGGUAAGGACGUCAGCUUACCUAAAGAGAUUCGGGAUAAGAAAGAGUUGCAAGAUGAUAAGGGGGCUAUUCAAAACGACGAAGAAGAUGCUGUCGUACAUACGCCUCCCGAUCCUCUCUGGCCUUCUGGUAUUCUGAGUGUCGUGGUUCACCAGAUCGUCAACCUUGAGCUAGCUGAUGUCAAGGGCUCGGUAGGUGGAAAACGCAAGGGGGGUAGGGAGUAUGAACCUGCCCGUGACGCCGGCGAGAUCAAGGAGGAGUCGAGCAAGAAACUGCCAAGUGCUUACUGCACCAUCUUGUUCAAUGAUGAAUUGGUUUACAAAACUCGAACGAAAGUCGCCUCCUCGAAGCCUAUAUUCAAUGCUGGUACUGAACGAUUUGCCCGGGACUGGAGAUCUUCGAUUGUUACUGUCACGGUUCGUGACUCGCGUAAUAGGCAGCACGAUCCUAUAAUCGGUGUGGUUCCCUUGAAGAUUUCGGACCUCAUGCAGACAAGCAGCCAGGUCACACGAUGGUACCCAUUGGAUGGCGGCAUUGGCUUUGGCAGGGUUCGUAUUUCUUUACUGUUCCGGCCAGUCGAACUCAAGCUACCACCGACACAACUUGGUUGGGACGUUGGCACAUUCGAAUUCAUGUCGGAUAAAAUCGUUUCGACUUUCAACGGUUCGGGCAAGGGCCAUGCAAAACUCCGACUAAGAACAGGAGGUAGCUCAGCGGUAGUUCACCGCGACCAAUGUAACACGGAAGGCGAUAAUCUAGAGUGGAACAUUGGUGGCGUAACCAACAACCCGCGCCCACGUCUUCCCGUUCGGUACCGGUAUAGAUCUCCCGUCUUCUUCGAAUUCCAUCUCGCGGGCAAGCGUCACGUGGAGUAUUUCGCAGCCAUCUGGUUACAGGAGCUCGCCGACAAUGAAGAAAAGGACUUCGAUAUACCUGUGUGGAAGUGCAACAACGCGAUGCGGCUGUCGCAGAACUUCAUCACACAGAACAACUUCCAUACCAUCCCCGACAUAAAUAUCGAAGAGGUAGGCCGUUUACGCUUCCGCGGCCGGUUCAAGGCUGGAACAGACCGCGACCACCUACGGUUUGUGAGCGACAACGAGUCUCGCGAGACCAUCGAGACCUGGGAAGCUUGUUUUGCCGAGGGCGUCCGCCAGGAAGAAGUGAAGGGUGUCGUGCCCCCUACAGUCCAGAAACUACAUGACGACUCUUUAACCCAAGCCCGUGACGUGCUUGCGGCGGCUCCCGAAGAGGAGAAGGGAAAGUGGCUCUCGAAAGACGGAACGGAUUGGACCGGCGCCUUUGGCCAGGAUCCCGCAAGCAUGGCAACGCGCCACGACAGCAACGAGGAUCACGUCGAGACCGAGUACGAAACCGACUCAGACUCAGACCUCGUCGACGGCUCCAGCAGUGCUGCCGACCCCACCUCGCCCACCUCGCCCAACUUCAAACUCAACCACGGGAACACAGACCUCGGCAUCAAAGAUGGUACCAACUCGGACCUAGCACCGGAAUCCAGCGACAACAUCGGCCGCUCCAUGACGAGCGGCAGCGCGUUCACGCAAACUACCACGGACUCGAGCAAGAGCCGCAGCAGCAGGAACCCCAUCAACAAGUAUAGGGACUACAAGGAGCGUAGCCGCGACCUGCAUCGGCAGCACCGCGGCCUGAUGCAAUGGCGCCCCUUGCGCAACGCGCAGUUUGCGAAGAACGAGGCCAAGUUCGCUAUUAGACGGGUCACGCAGAUGGGCGCGCUGAGCGGACGACAGCCGGAUGUUGAGACUGAGGUGUAAUUCAGCAAGGGUUGAAUUGUAUAUUUAUAUUGAUUUUCUUUUAUCUUUGCUAUGUAUAAAGCCGGGAGAGGGAAAAAAGGGAGGGAAGGUGAUGUCACUAAUGGUGGAAAUGGGGGACGAGGUGACUGGCACGAUUGUACAAAUCAUACUGAAAAAUGUAGUCUUAUACCUAGCAUUGAACGAGUUACGAAUAUGAGAAUCUACUUAGACUUGCCC